UUCUGUAGAUCUACUCUCUCUCUCUCUCUCGAUCUAUGUCGCCGUUGCCUCUUCCCUUCGAUGCCACUGUCUUCGUCGUCCUACGCCUUGUUUGUGCAGAUUCCAUCUUCGUCAUGGUCAUCUAGGGCGUGUACCUCCCUUCUUCGCUGUUGGUCAUCGUUGGUCGUCGUUGGCGUCACCUUCUUCUCCCUUCGCCAUCAUUUCCCUCUCGCCGAGCACACCCUUGUCUGCGACUACGUACCACGAGUGAUAUUCUGCGCGAGCUUGAGUUGGAGUGCCAACGGAUCGACUCUUUUCAGUGGAUAUACAGACGGUGUCAUCAGAGUUUGGGUGUUGCUUUUCGAACCAAGGUCUUCCACCCAAACAUCAAUAGCAAUGGCAGUAUCUGCCUUGAUAUCCUUAAAGAGCAGUGGAGUCCAGCCUUGACUAUUUCCAAGCCCAAUGAUGGAGAGUCCAAUAUCCGAGCUUCGAAUAGUUUUAAACGGAUAUGUAUUGAAGUUUGAGAAUAACAUUUUCAAGAAGACUGAAGAGGGUAAUACCAUCACAGUCGAUUGUCUUCUAGAUAAGAAAUCAAAAAUCACUAUUGAAACGGGACGAAGAUGACAUGAUAAGAGACACCAUGGGUUUCAAGGAUGAUAAUGUAAUUAGCAACGAACAGGAGGAUGCAAUGAUCAGGAAUGAGCAUAAUGUAAUCAGUAUCGAACAGGAAGAUGUGAUGUUUAGGAAUCAGGAAGGCGAACGUGAGGAUGGGAUGAUCAGGAAUGAGCAUAUAGUCACCAAUGAACGAGAGAGGAGUCAGUUGACACGAUUUUCACGAAUGAGCGCCUCCGUACUUUUCUAGCAAUAUGCUAGAUUUACUAAUGAAAAUUCAAAUACAAUCUGGGCCAGCAAUACACAACGCCCAAAUAGAUCCAAACCACAUGGGAAAUAUUGACAAACACAAAAUUAAAGGAUACCAUUUCCUAAAGGAAGUCUCAGGUAGAAUAGUUUCAUACAACAGCCCAAGGUUUUCCACUCUUAACAUUUAUUUGCUAAUUACACCAUGCAGAAAUUUUAGUGCCAAGAUUUUGGUUCAGUACUUCAAAAGGGAACAUAGAUUGGUUGCAAACAAUCAUUCUUUGAAACUUUCAAGUUUUAGAACACUGGCAUCAUCAACUUUAGUUAGACACAUGUGAUAAUGCUCCGAAAGGCUAGAAUUGAAAUCUGCAAUCAGCAUUUCCUUCCAAAACAGCAAUGUCUUUUGGCCAAAAAGUUGGUGUUGUUGCAAGUCUGAUUCAUCAUGAAGGAAAGUGAUACCUGGCUUGGAGGUCCUUCUCUCAGAAAAUGUUUACCAAUAACAAAUUACUAACUUCAACUCCAGUGGCAUCAUAUCCACAGAAAAUGAUCCAAGAGAAGACUCCGCUUCUCUUUCAUUGUCGUUUAUAUUCAGAUUUAAGUGAUGACUUCCUGAACCGGCUGAACGAGAUAAAUUGGCAUUCUCAGCCCCACACCGCUUUCACUGCUUUUACUGGCUCCUCCAACUCCUUGAGAAGGAGUUGUAGCACUAGUACUCCGAAGAAUGCCACUUUAUCUCGUUCAGCCAGUUCAGAAAGUCAUCACUUAAAUCUGAAUAUAAACGACAAUGAAAGAGAAGCGGAGUCUUCUCUUGGAUCAUUCUCUGGAUAUGAUGCCACUGGAGUUGAAGUUAAUUUUUUUGGUAAACAUUUUCUGAGAGAAGGAACUCCAAAGGCAGGCACCACACUCCCAAUUGACAGCUUGCUCGCCAAGUUUGAAGAGCUCCUUCAUGAUGAAUCAGACUUGCAACAACACCAACUUUUUGGUCAAAAGACAUUGCUAAUUUGGAAGGAAAUGUUGAUUGCAGAUUUCAAUUCUAGCCUUUUGGAGCAUUAUCACAUGUGUCUAACUAAAGUUGAUGAUGUUGGUGUUCUAAAACUUAAAAGUUUCAAAGAAUAAUUGUUUGCAACCAAUCUAUGUUCCCUUUUGGAGUACUGAACCAAAAUCUUGGCACUAAAAUUUCUGCAUGGUGUAAUUAGCAAAUAAAUGUUAAGAGUGGAAAACCUUGCGCUGUUGUAUAGAACUAUUCUACCUGAGACUUCCUUUGGGAAAUGGUAUCCUUUAAUUGUGUUUGUCAAGAUUUCCCAUGUGGUUUGGAUCUAUUUGCGCGAUGUGUAUUGUUGGCCCAGAUUGUAUUUGAAUUUUCAUUAGUAAGUCUAGCAUAUUGCUAGAAGAGUACGGAUGCGCUCCAUCCAUUGACUGAUAGUUGUGCGGCUUAAUGCCUUUUU